AUGGACACAGACGCAGACACAAAUGUACAAGUGAAUAAGACUGGAACAGGCGUAGAGACUGGAGAAGGUGUUCAGAAUACAAGGAAGCGUCAGGCUUCUGCUGAACCCGGUGAGCCCGGUGACACUCGCAGUGAAGAAGGCAAGCCAUCCACAUCAACAGCAGCACAACCCCCAACAGCGACAACCACAACUACCAAUAACCCCACACCACCCAAACGAAGACGCGGUUUUGGCGCUGCUGGAGCUUUAUUCGCCAAAUCAUUCCAACAAGCCACUCGCGACUCAAAAGCACCUAAAUCAGACGGCACAAAGCGUCGUGAGGAGAUAGAAGCGCGUACACAAACGAGAAUACGUGCAGAGAGUACAAAAGCUCGUGAGGUCGACGAACAAACACACAAAUUGAAAAAGCUGAAAAGUGAUUUGGAGUUGAAGGAGGAUGCCCUACGUAUAAGAGAGGAUAGCGUAAACACUCAAGUAAGAGUUUUAAGAGAUAGCGCAGAAUUUUUGCUAGCUCCUUACUUCAAAAAUCAACUCAUUCAACCCUCCCUGGACCUCGCGAGGAAUGGGACUAAAGGCGUCCCAUUGCUGCUGUAUAGACCUACACGGCUGAUUAAAAGUCAGGUGGAGGAAAUCGAGUCGCAGAAAGUCGAAACUGAACAGCGUAUUGCGGAUAUGCUCUCGCAAUUUGAUGCCGAUAAGGAGAAAUCCCUCAAGGAGCUGUUUGAUGUGAAGAAGUCUAUUGAGUAUGUACACGACGCUUUAGAUGGCUUUGAGAGGGACGAACGCGCGUCUCGCCCAAACAAGGGCGUGGAGGAAGACGAGACAAUGAAGAAGAGUGAGGAUGAGACUGAAAAGAGAAGCGAAGAUGAGACUAUGAAAAAGACCGAGGACGUCGAUACCUGGGAAAUGAAUACAGAUUGA